AUGUUGUCGCGAGGCACAAAGCUCAACUCUUUACGUUGUUUUGCUGCUGGUGCAGAAUUUCUAAAAGAUGUUCCCUUGACAAAGCGAAACGGAGAAACUGUCAAAGCUCAUGAUUUGAAAGAUAAGGCGAUUAUAUUAUAUUUUUCUGCAGGAUGGUGUGGUCAUUGCCGUCAGUUCACUCCAAAAUUGAAAACGUGGUAUGACACGGCUGCAAAAAAAGAAAAUAUUGAAAUUGUGUGGAUUUCUCGUGACCGUGAAGCGCAGCAUCAACUUGAUUAUUGUAAGAAAGCGCUUCCAGACAUCCCGUAUAUUCCAUUUGGGGACAAGCAUAUUUCUGAAUUUCUGAAAAAAUAUGAUGUGAAGACAAUACCCACUGCAAGGCUUGUUAACAGUAAUGGUGAGGUGGUCGAAGAAAAUGUGCGGAACAGAAUCCAGGACGAAGGACAAAUCAAUGCAGAGAAAUUGGCAAGAGAAUUUAGAAAUUGCGUUUAA